AUGUCAUCUACCAUGGUGGAAGACUGGAAAAGCAAGUUGAGCAAAACUAGCACCUCGACGUACGUCGUGUUGGCCGUGAUUGCGGUCGUAUUUUUGAUUACAGCCAGAAGACCCAAGAGCAGCAAGGGAAAGAGCGGUAAGGGGAGCUCGAAUAAGAGCAAAAAGACCAAGAGCCAGUUCGAAAAGGCACCAGUUCCCUUGACCUUGGAGGAACAAAUUGACAACGUGUCCUUGAGGUACAACAACGAGCUGAGAGGUCGUAGCUCGGAUCUCAUAAAUAGGUUUAAUGCGGAGGAUGAAAAGGAUAUUUACGAGCGCAACUACUGUAACGAGAUGCUCUUAAAGCUCUUGAUUGAACUGGAUGGCAUUGACCUGAUCAACGUGGACGAGUCCUUGAGAAAGUCAUUGAAGAAUAAAAGGAAAGCUGUCAUCAAGCAAAUCCAGGGUAUGUUGAAAAGCUUAGACUCUCUUAAGUAA